AUGCGUCUUUAUUCCGCCUUUGCCACCCUUUGUGGGCUCCAGGCUACCCUUGUUGUAGCUGAGAACACUACUUGGCCCUGGCAAACGUUCAAGUCCAGCCCUCACGAGCCUCCGAAUCUCAAAGUCUCCAAAUCCGGCCUUGUCAGCCCUGGAUACCUCUUCUUCGAUCAAUCAUGGGACGCGCAUCAGUACAGCGUGUUUAUCAUGUCGGACAGCAACGAACUUGUCUGGCAGAGCUCGCCGGGUGACCUGAAGGGAUUCCGAGCACAGAAGCUGGAUGGGAAGCCUGUCCUGACGUAUUUCAAUGGUCUUGGGGUCCCAGAGCCCUUUGGCUGGGGAUACGGUAUUAUCCAAGUCUUGGAUAAGUCCUAUCGAAGUAUCUACAAUGUUUCCGUGACGAACGACAACUACAAGGCCUUGGGCAGCAUUGACAGCUCCUCUUUUGUAUCUUGGAUUGACAUGCAUGAGAACACGAUCACGUCUGAUGGGACAAUGCUGGUCACUGGCUACAAUGUCACUCAGACUGAUCUCAGUUCAGUCGGAGGUCCCACGAAUGGCUGGAUCGCUGACUCACUCUUCUAUGAGAUUGAUAUCAAGACCAACGAGAUACUUUUCCGCUGGAGUGCCCUAGACCAUAUUGAUCAGAUUCCCUUGGAAAAUGUUCAGCCAUUCUACCCUAUUCAAGACUGGGGACACAACAGCAGCUUUCCCUAUGGCUACUUUCACAUUAACUCAGUGGACAAGUUUGAAGAUGGAACGUACAUCAUUUCUUCUCGUUACUACUGUUCGCUGUUUAAGAUCGGGAGGGAUGGAUCAGUUGGUUGGACGCUUCAGGGCCAAACUGGCGGGGACUUUGAGCUCAAUGGAAUCAAAUUCAGCUACCAACACGACGCCCGCAUCCAUGAUGAGGCCGAGGAUACAUUCGUGCUUAGCAUUUUUGACAAUGCCAACUCUGAUGUCCAGAAUGGGACUGAUCAUACUGAAGGCAUAUUGAUGAACGUCAAUCUAGCUACUCGCCAGGUCUCCCUUAUCCAUACUCUCCACGAUCAACGGGAUGAGAUCUUUUCGACUUCUCAAGGAAACACACAAUUGCUACCUAAAAACCAUGUAUUGAUGGGCUACGGGUCAAAUCCUAAAAUCAAGGAGUACAAUGCUAACGGGUCUUGUGUCAUGACUGCCCAGUUUGGAUUCGAUGAUGUCGUCGCAAGCUACCGAGCGUAUCGCUCCCCCUGGGUCGGCGUCCCUGAAACUCACCCCGAUGUGUUUUCUUGCAUUGACCAGGGCCGUAACACAACCAAUGUUUAUAUGAGUUGGAACGGAGCCACUGAGCAUAAAGAGUGGAAGGUCUUUGGGGGUGUUACUAGUUCAGACCUAAGUCCCGUUGCAGCGAGAUGGAAGACAGGAUUUGAGACCAUGACGAGCAUCAAAGGAAAACUUGGGUAUGUUCGAGUAGAAGCUCACGGCCUGGGGAUCCAGAAAGGUGUUUCCAAAAUUGUACCCGUAAAGAGUCGGUGUUAG